AUGCUCGCAGCGCUGGCAACGACGCUCACCCUCUCCGUCACGAUGAAGAACCAGGCACUCGUAUUCCUCAAGCCGCACGCGGCCAACGACGCGUGCGACGCCUUCCUCAAGCAGCACCUCGAGCAGGCCGGCAUCACCGUCACUUCGUCCGGCAUCAAACGGGCGGCCGAGAUCGACGAGCAGAAGCUCAUCGACCAGCACUACGGUUCGCUCGCCGACCUCGCGAUGGGCGUACAGCCCGGCGACAUGGCAGUCUCUCCCGCGGCGCUGCAGGCCUUUGAAGACGCGUACGGCCUGAAGUGGGCGCAGGCGCUGCCGAGCAUGCUGCGGAAUGACGACGCGCUGGCGCAGCUCGGCGUCGACGGCCUCGGCCUCGAGGCGAUGUGGCGGGCCGGGAAGCAGCUGAAGCUGGCGCCGGGCACUCGCGACUCGCGGAUCGACGGCGUGACACAGACCGAUUUUCAUGACUUCGAGAGCUGUGCGGACAGGAACGCGUUCGUGGCGCCGGGCGCGGAGGUGCGGUACCUUGUCUGCGAGUGGGACCAGGCGCUCCUCUCUUGGGCCGCGUUUCGUCAGUCGGCGGGGCCGCUCGAGGGCCUCAAGGAGCGCUGCGCGUCGCUCGCGUCGGACCCGCUGGCGGAGGCGCUGCUGGCGGGCGGCGUGGGCAGGGCGACGCUCGAGACCGUGCGGCACCGCGGGCCGCAGGAGAACAGCGUCGUCUCGCUCGGCGACGCCAAGGCGGACAAGGUCUUCGACCUCACCGAGGAGAUGGGCGCGGCGGAGUGCGUCGCCCUCUGCUGUGGCGCCUGA